AAAACGGGGUACAGGCUAGGCAGGCAAGGGGCAACAAGUCAAGGUACGUGCAUGUUUAAGGGCUCGAAUCUACUCAAGCUCCCCUAGGGGCUCUGCUAUGGCAAAGCAGUCCCCAGGUGCCAUGUCGGCGUCAGGGGUGCCCACUGGGGUGUGGGGGGCCGGGGAGGCUUCAUUAACUUUUCCCAGGUAAGCCAAGGCCUGUGCCCGCUGCAGCGUCACUGACCAGCGCUGGCGAAACUGGUGGAGCAGUUUCGCUGCCUGGUAGGAGCUGGGGUCUGCAUUGAAAAGUCUCCUGGCCCCUGUGUCAGCCAGCAGCUUCAAGAAGGUAGGGACCUCGGCGCAGGGGCAGCCGUAUGUCUCGACUGCCAGUGGGAAAAAUCCGACAUAGGGAGCCCGAUUUCGGUAGUGGGAGAUUUUCUUGUCAGCUUGUUCCCGGGCCAUGUAUCCGCGUCCUUGUCUUGCGUCCGGGUCCCGGCUGCUGAUGGGAUCUGUGACGGUGACGUCACAGAUCCAGACAGCUCCGGAACUGCGGUCUCGGAGGGCGAGGUCGGCCUUGUGGCCGUCUACGGGGCUGUAGAUGGUGGUCUCCUUGGUGACUAUAAAGUCAGCAUCUCGGGCCAUCCGUAUGCUCUCGUCCCGCAGGGCAUUAUGGGUGUCAGUCCGUCCGUGCCCGGUGCCACACCGGAGCAGGUGGUUGGGCAGCCUGGUGUCGAGGAUUUCGAAUUCCUCGGCGCAGUUGCAAGUGCGGGGGGCUGGGAAUGGAAGGCCGAGGCGGAAGGCCAGGGCAAUGGCGAAGUGUGGAGCUUCGAGGCGGAGGGAUGGGAAGAUGGGGAUGGCAUGAAGCCAGUCCCCUGCUCCAUAUCCAGCCAGGGAAAAGAGGCGUUGGGUGUGCCCAGAGAGUGGGUUUGGGUCCAUUGUCCGUGUGGCUGCCACCUGGCCGGCGUAUCGCACAGCCUGGACUUCGAGGGAUAAGCGGUGUUGGAGUGGGGAGCCGGAGGGUUCCCUCCUCUCGGAGUGCAGGAGCUCCCGGGCUCGUGGGGGCAUCGCCGUUUCACACUUCGCCACCCAGGUAUGCAAGUGGGUGGGGCUGGUGAAAGGUGGCGUGAGGUGCCGGACAGCGUCGGCCAGGGGCCCUCCUGACGCUGCUGGUAGGGCAGCCAAGAGGCCCUGGGCUUGGGUGAGGCUGGUGAGGUAGGCUGGGUGUCCCUCAAUGGCGGGGUCGGUUAGACCCAGUCCUCCAAGAGAGGGAGGGAGGGACGCUUGAGCCCAAGUGCGCACCCGCUCCACCUCGCCUCGGGGUGGUUGGAGGUUGCAGGCACGCAGGAGGGUAUGGAAGAGCUCCCUACCCCAGUCGGACCAGACGUCCAGGGGAAGGAAGUCAAGGGGGGUGGUGCGGAUUAAGUAUGAGACACGCCGAGAAACGCAGCGUGUGAGGAGGAGGGAUGAGGACUGGGGGUCCAUUGUGGCCAGUGUGGCGAGGGGUUCGGCUAGCAGGGACAGCUGGGUGCGGAGGAAUGCAGCUGUGCCCUCGGCUGUGCCUAUAAAGCUGCCAAGUAUGCGGACACCUUCUGUGUUGAAAGGUAUGCCUGGGGGAAGGUGGUCAGGUGCAGGGCGUUCGGCUGACCACGCCGCGCAUUUCGCGGGGUUGUGGGAGAGACCGAUGCGGUCCAUGGCCGCUGUGAAGUUGAGGAACGCCGAGGUGCAGGAGUCCGGAUCGCCGACGAAGGUGAUGUCGUCGGCGUACGCGAGGCAGAGGACCUCGGGGUGGGCCGCGGCGGUUGUUCGGAGCGCUGGGUGGAUGGCGGCUGCGAAGAGGAGGGGGCCCAUGGGGUCCCCUUGGCGAACUCCCCGCGCACUGAGUAGGGGUGGGCUGUCGAACUCGGCGUCGAGGUAGAGCAGCGACGGUGCUCCGUAGGAGAAUUGAAUGAAGGGGAGGAGCGGGCGCAGGGGCGAGGUGUUAAUGGCGUGGAUGAUGGCCGUGCGGUCAACGCUAUUAAAGGCGUUUGAAAGGUCGACUUGUAGGAUGAGUGAGCCCGGGCGCGCUGAGGUAAAACCCCUGGUGGCAUGGAUAAUGGUUUCUCCGCCGCUCCUGAUGGCUACCCCGUAUUGGUGUGGUAGGAAGUAGUCUUGCGCGGAUUGCGUGGAGGAGAUUAGCGCGGCUUUUGCCGCUAGCCGAAGGAGACACUCUCCUAUUGCGAUGGGGCGGGUACCCCCAUCUGGCUUGGUAAGGGCCAGGAGGCGUGAGGAGGUAACGAGCUGGCUGACUUCGUGCGGCAGGUUACCCGCCAGUAGCCGCUGGACAAGCUUGUGGAGGUUUGUGGCGACGGUGGGGUUGGACAGCGAGGCGUCGCGAAGGUGCUCGAAGGUCAUCCCCGAGGGGCCUGCCCCAACUCCAUUUUCGGAGCGAGAGAGGAGCUUCGCGAACGUAGCGAAAUCGACUGUCGGCGGCCUGCAGUUUUCGUCAAGCCGUGGCCAGGUGAGGCUUUCGACAAGCGGAGGGGGGUGUUUUGACUUCAGCGCGUCCAGCACCGUGGGGGUGGACUUGCUGACUGGGGUCGAAGUCAACGCGAGCAGAGCCCGUCGCAAACUGCCUCGGCGUACCAAGCCCUCGGCGCGGGAUAUUUUCCCAAGAGUGUCAGGUACGUGGCGGGGAGGGGGUGGCAUGGUGACAGCAGAGGCAGCUGCUUGAUACAGUGUGUCCCAAUGGCCCGCGAGAAAUUGUCGAAGUCGUCUUUCCGUCGCGGGCCAGUCAGGGCGUCGUGGUGAGGGUAGGCGAAGUGUGAGGCGCGGGAGGUAAAGUAACAGGAUCCAACCCUCAAUGGAGGUUGGAUGUUUGGCGAGGAAAAGGAGGGGUGUCAGAAGGGCGAGCGCGAAAAGUUGACGGAUUUGGGGGGGUAACCGGCGGAAGAGAGGGGGUUGGCGACUGUCGCAGAGGGCCGCGACGUCCCAAGUGGCGAUGACGGCGAAUCGGGAGGGGUCAUUCGCCAGUUCUUCCGGGGACAACUGCGGGACUGCCUGGGGAUGGGUGUCCAGCGGUGCCCGAGUAUUGUGCAUGCGGCUGGACCCUCGUCCCCUAGAUCUGGGAGUUGGGUCAGUCUCUCGUCCUCCAGCGCGCCUGUUUGUUUCGACGUUUUCCUCCUCACUGGAGGUCUCAGGCGUGGGGUCUCCCUGGUCCCCUGGUAUAUAAGUUCCGUCUGCCCGUUCCUCCUCAUCAGUUGUUCGUUGCAGUUCCGAGGCACUUAAAGCCCUGUUCGCUGCCUGCUGGAAUCCGUUCAGCGGUCCUCCGUCGGAGGACAGAUUGCCACGCCUUGCAGCCCCGCGACCGCGCCCUCCGGCCGUCCGUGUAUUGAGGCUUCCGCGUCCGCCUCCGUGGUUUCCCCUCGGGACGGCCCUGGUCGUCGUUCGGCUUUUGUGCCGAGUCGUGGGGGGUGCCGAGUGCGGCGCGCCUCCUCGGGAUGGAGCGACCAGCGCGGGAGCGUUCUGCCGAUUUGGAGAGUACUGGGGACAGCGAGUCCCCCCAAGGUCGGGCGAGUCCUCCAGCACCGUCGAACCGAGAUUGGGAGCGCGGGCUCCUCGUCCCCUCGACGGCUCGCCAUCAGACUCCCGAGCGGAUGCGGGGGCAGUCGCGGGGCAGGACUGCCGCGCCCCAGAGACACGAG